CUUUUAUAACGUUUCGGUUUAGGCUGUUUAAUUACUCCAUUUUAAUAAAAUACAUUGCAUCUGAAAGUUCACUCGAUUUGAUUAAUAUUUUCACAUUCGGAUGACGACAAUAAAGAUGCAUAAAGUAACACAGUUUGCUCUCAUUUGUUCAUUGAUACCUUUGGCUAAAACGUAUGAACUUCCGGCUGAUUGUGCAAUUCGGAAAACUGUUCUUACCUGUCAGCAGACGAUACCAAGGGAACUUCCUAAUGGAAUUAAAAAAGUUUACAUCACAGAUUAUACAGAUGAUAAUAUAGGACAAGGAAGAUUUUCCCAUUCUAGUUGGAGAGCCGUACAACUGUUUGACAUAAAUACAAAAAACUUAUUAUUUUUCAAAAUAAGGGAUCAUGCUUUCGUUGGUUUAGAUAAUAUUACAGUUCUUGGAAUCCAUGGCAGAAAGAGGACUAUUAUAGAUGAAAAGGCUUUUGUUGGAAUCGAUCGAGUAGAGAAAUUGGACUUUUCUAAUAGGUUUUAUUUAGAUUCAGAGACACUCGUUAGACCGCUAUUAUACGAUAUCGUUUUGCCAAAUCUUCGUAAAUUGAUCUUGGAGAACGCCAAUACAGAAAAGGGUAAUUCUUAUUUCAAGAUUUCGCAAAGUUUUGUCGAUAUGUUAAGGUCAAAGAAUAUCAAGGAUCUAAGCCUGCGGGGUACAAAUCUGCUCAUAGAAGAAAAUGCCAGUACCAUUUCCACGAGGAUUGAAGUCCUUGAUUGUUCAAAUGUUAGUUUUCUACAUUCAAAAGAUUUUAAGUGGGACGUCUUAUUGCCAAAUUUAGUAACUCUAAACUUCUCAAGCUAUUUAAGACUUCUUCCCAGCAUAUACAUAGAUAACAAACAAUAUGACAUAUGUAAUGAUAAGAAUUCUUUAAGAACGCUCAAGAACGGUUACGCAAACUUCUGUUAUCAUGGUAAUGAGAUCUGUGUUAACAACGUAACAAUAAAUAUUUCUGCACAUUGCCUUGAACAGAUAAAUAUCGUACACAUCCGAGGAAAUAAUUUACAUUUUGUUAAUGCAACAUUACAUUUACCAAAGAAUUUCCCGUUAUACGAACUUGAUAUGUCUUUAAACAGGAUGAAAUAUUUAUCUGCAACAUUUUUAAAAGAAAUGGUUAAUCUUAAACAUUUGUAUCUGGGUGACAAUUUAUUGUCCAGUAUGUCAAACCAACCGGACUUUAAAAUCUUAUUCAAACCCUUACCUCGACUUAAAAGAUUAUCAAUGGCUCACAAUCAGAUAACUUAUAUUCCUGAACAAAUGUUUCUUCACAAUUUGGAUCUAGAGUGGCUGGAUUUGCAAGGGAACUAUUUGAUGUCAACAUCUUUUAUGAAUUUACAACUUGUGAACUUGAUGUUUCUUAAUAUCUCUGAUAACAGAAUUGCAUAUCUCGUCAUUGAGGAUUUAAAGAAACUUAGGCAAAUGAUUACUUUAAGAAAUGGCAGUAAGUUCCUAGAAGUGAAAAUUAAUGGUAACCCAUUUGAAUGUUCUUGUCAAAGUGUUGACUUUAUAGAGUGGAUUUAUGAGAAAUCUGUGGCAGAUACUUUGCAAUACCAAUGCGAUUAUGAAAAAGAAAUAAUAACAAUUAAUAAAGAGAGCAUAGCAAAAGCAAAUUUUCUUUGUAUCAGGACUGUAAUCUAUACUAUUUCUUCAGUUAUACCUGCAGCAGUCGCAUUAGCUAUAUUUGUUACGCUCCUACUUGCUUGGCGUUAUUUUUCACAAAAGCGACGUUUGACCAAACUGAACAAAUUCCUUCAAAGUUUUCAAAAGGGACAUCUUUGCGACAAGUUCAUCUGCAUGUUGUCGUAUAGUGACACUGAUGCGGAAGUUUCUAAAAGAUUAUGUGACAAAUUGGAAGAGAAACUCAAAGAUGUUGCCAAAUGCGAGAGAGAUAUAGUCGGUAUUGACUAUAAACAUUUUCAGGUCGGUCUUCCAGUUGUAGAAGAGGUCAUGCGAUGCAUGUAUAAAUCACUUGUUGCAGUAUUUGUUGUGUCUGAGGCCUUUUGUCAAAGCGAUUGGUGUUCCUUAGAAGUCAGAGAAGCAUAUGAACAACAAAAACCAAUAGUCCUCAUCUUCGUUGAAGAAGUGUCGGAAGAAAGUAUGACACUUUACGUUAGGAAUGUUUUUCAGCGUUAUACCCGGGGUAAGCUCUUCCAUACUGAAGACGGGGAAGUGGAUUUUGAACCAGGUGGCAUCAAAGGUCUUUGUGAUUCAAUUAUCUUAUUAGCAAGCGGAGCAGGAAGAGAUCAACGGAACGUGCAUGAAUCACAAGCUUGAAAUCACUUCUUUCCAGUUUGGUUGAUGAAUUUUGACAGUUUUAUAACAUCACAUAUAGAUUCAUAAAAAAAUCCCCAUUAAAUGUUCACUUCAUAUUUGAGUCAUAUAAAUAUUUUGUACAUAAUAGGCUUCAAAUUUUUAUGAAUGAAUUUAUAAUUUAUUAUUGUAUCUAAAAUAUAACGAAACCGCCUUCUUCUAUGUCAGGUAUAUGUACAGUUUCUGAAGUGCCUUCUUUUAGAGACUUUGUGGAUGAUUUUCUUUGUUUUUAUGUGAAAAACAAAGUUUUUCCAUUUUACUUUAAAUUCGAAAUUUUUGUCCGUCCAUAUUUUUUAAAUUCCUUCAAGUUUUUAUGAAACUUAAAGGAAAUGGUCGUUUGAUCAAAUGGACAAAAAUAUCACAUAUUGCAAUUGUGCCAAGCUAAGCUCAUGAUCAAUUUCAAAAUUUAAAUUCAAAUUUGUUAAACUUUAAUUGAGUUUCUUGUCCCGACCAUCAUACACACUUAUAGGAUGUACGUCGCAUAACCUUGGAAGACAGAACUGAAUUUUUUUUUUAUUUGUGCUUAUCAAUGGUCAAUGUGACCGUUAAAAAAGAUAAAAACAACAGUGACAGCUCUUUAUUUUAGUCUUGAUUGAUUGACAUAUUGAAAUGACACUUGGUCUAUAGGUAUCUUCCAGAAAGUCCAAGACUGGGAUUAUAUUAGGGAGAAGUAGGACGAAUGUCACAAUUACAUAAUUGUUUCAAAGUUCCACCGUGGCCGAGUGUCUAAAGUGGUUGAUCUAUGUAGUGUACAUUUUUGUUUGACUUUGUUUAGCAUUUUAAUUGACAAUAUUUUUAUAAAAAGAAAAGAGACGUUAAGAUACUAAAUUGGAUCAGCGACGUCAAGGUCUCCGUUAUAAGAAUUAGAAAAAAUAAAAACAGUGUCAGUUCAAUAUCUCCAGUUUUGUUUGACAAAUUAAAAAUAAAGUUGGCCUAUUGACAGCUUGUAGCAGGAUUGCAUAUGCGGCCAGUGAAGUCGAGGUCAAGGUCCCGUUUUUAAAGCAUCUUUUAUAGAUAUGAAACAGUGACUGCUUGAAUCAAAACGUAGCAAAAAGAUUAGUAACCUUGGUCAAAGAAAGCAAUUAAUAAUUCAUAAAAAAAAAAUAAAGAAAUACAAGAAAAGCUACUUUGUCCAAAUAUUGUGACAAAGUUAGAGAAACAAUUAACAAUUGCUACAUCUCUCUGUAAACCAUUUUACAGUACUUGAUUUUUGGAUGAUCUGAAGAGGACAGAAACUCCAGUAGACAAUAAAGAAAUUAAAAAAAACCCGUUGGCCAUUGUAGAUUUGUGUGAACGUGAACAUAAUGACAGGCAUAUAUUGACAGACCAACAGAAAAUGCUAGUAGAGCUUAAUUCUAAAAGAAAAAUAUAAAUAAAGGAAAAAAUAACGUAUAAAGAGACUGUGGCUAUUUGAUAAACAAAAAGAA